GCACACAAUUUGCGUACAAUUGGUUCCAUGUGUAGGUUCCUACAGUAGAUGGCAGAUGCUCCAACCCAGCUGAUCCUAUAUAAAAUGAGCUUCUUAAACCUUUGCCUCCUCUCUAUUUACAUAUUGUCCAUUAAGUGCAAUUCUCCCGAAAUCAUGGAUUUCAUAAGCGUCGAUUAUAUAUUCGGCGAGGGGAUAAAGCCGUUGUUCAUGGAACAGUUCCAGUACGUCCUCAGCCCGGAUCUUUACGUGAAGAUAGUGGAUCUAUUCGAACUCACCAACCCGCAAAAAGCGAAAGAGAUCAUGGAAAAGAGGUUUUCACACGAGGAACAGACGCGAGUGAAAAAAGCGGUGAAUAUGAUCAUGAUUAAUUAUUAUCGCUCGAUGGACGGGACCGACCUAGAUCGAGAAGAAAAAGAAGAAGACCUAGAAGAUUUUAUGGAAGAAUAUUACGACGGUUACAAAGACGAACUUUAAAAUAAAAGGUUUUUUAAUGUUUUAACCUUACCAGCAGUUUUAACAGGUAAACUGACCCUCACAGGUUAUAAAAUCAAUUUUGAGACUAUGAAAUCAAUCUGUAUAUAAAUUU